AUGUCUGACUCAAACCAAGAGGCGCGAGACUCUUAUGGACGGGUGAGAAAUAAUCCUUUUAGAGGAAAUGUAAGUACUCUUGUCGGGGGAGCCACACCGCGGAGAUCAACUUCUUGGGAAGCGAAUACAGCGGAAAGCUCGAACGUGGCAGUCGGAAGAGGCCAAAUCACGCCCCGUCUUUCAACCAUCAUAGGAUCCAUUUCAGCUGAUGUAUAUGAUCCGCAAGGCAAUUUCAAUACCCCCAACAUACCAUUGGAAUCUUGGCGGCCAGGUGGGUUGACACAACUUGGUCCACCCACACAAAACGCGGAGCCAGUGGGUCCACGGUAUCCAUUUGGAGGCUACACAACGGAUUAUAUAUGGAGGACCUUUUUGGUGAACCACUGGCAUGGAGCGUUCCUUGAUAUUGACGCGAUUGAUCUAUACCUAUUCGUAAGACUGUGCUGUCACCUUGGUCUUACGGUGGAAAACCCUCCAAGUCCAGAAUGCAUCGCCAGUAUUACCGCCAUCUUGGAUCAGCAUUUUUUGGAGAGACUAGAAACAAUAUUUCCGCCUCGUCCGGUGUCAUAUAUGAGUCCUUUUGAUCCCGUUCUAGUCCGCGACCUGUUCGAAUUCCUCGGAUACACAGGAAAUCCAUAUCGGCAAUGGCCAGUAGAUAGAACCAUCGAAUGGGUGGAUACGGUACACGGCGAUGGUCACGAACAGAACGAUCAACUAACGUAUCUUCGGAACCCCUUACGGUACGCUAUAGAACGAUAUUAUGACUUAUAUCCACAGGGCCCACCCGGACUCGUAGCUCGAGCUUAUAUCAACUGGUAUCCCAACAUUCAUACAUUUAUGCAUAUUCCAGUACCAGUUGUUGUUGAUCUACUAGCUACUCCCGUCCGAAGCGAUGCAGGAUCAAGCCGCGAGCACCGUCACUCAUCGGGUUCCUCGAGCUCCAGGAGAAGUGGUGGGUAUAACGAUGGACAUGGACACCAUAGUAGACGACAUCAUUAG